CCAGGGGGGCUCGCGCUCCUCCCUCUGUGCUCGCUCCAGCGACUUCCUCCCGAGGUCUCCCAGCCGCGGGACUCCGCAGACCGAGCGCCGCGCGCGGGAAGAACUCUAAUCCCAACGUGGGGCGGGGGCAGGAAGGGCAGACGCCCCGAAGAGGAGACGAAGAAGACGGUCCCGAUGCAGCUCUGAGACCCGCCCUGGGCUCCGGGCGCUGGGGAAAAAAAGGAAGAAGGGCAGAGGACGAGAAGCCCGCAAACUUCUUUUGUCUUGCGGCGGGAGUGCGCUGUUUGGCUCCCGGCGCUGCUCGGGAGGACGGAGGAGCCGCGAGCCGCUUUGUCCUUGGCAGAGGAAUCGACUUUGCAAGGAAGAUGCGCUUCCCUCUGUGGAUUGGAGGUCUCCUGCUGUCAACUCUGGCUGGUGCUGUGGAAAUCGUGGUCCCUGAUGAUCCCGUGGUCGCCCUCUUUGGCUGCGACGCUACCUUGCACUGUUCCUUCUCUCCAGACACCAACUUCAGCUUGGACGACCUCAGCCUCAUCUGGCAGCUGACGGAUACCAAACGGCUGGUGCACAGCUUUGCGGAGGGCCAGGACCAGCUGGCCAACCAAGGGAGUAGCUAUACCAACCGCACAGCCCUUUUCUACGACCAGCUGCCCAAGGGCAAUGUCUCUCUCCUGCUGCGGCGCGUCCAGAUUUCCGACGAGGGGAGCUUCACCUGCUUUGUCAGAGUCCGGAACUACAGCAGUGCGGCUGUCACGCUGCAGGUGGCAGCAUUCUACUCCACGCCCAACUUGAACCUGGAACCCAACAAGAAUUUGAAGCCAGGAGAUCUGGUCACUGUGACCUGCCACACCUUUUCCGGCUAUCCUGAGGCGAUGGUGCUGUGGCAAGAUGGCCGUGGCAACAACGUCACGGAGAACAUCACCACCUCCCAGGUGGCCAACGAGGAGGGCCUCUUCGAUGUGCAGAGCACCCUGCAGGUGAUACUGGAGCCCAACAGCACCUACAGUUGCUUGGUGAAGAACCCCUUGUUGCGGCAGGAGACCCACGCCUCUGUCACCAUCACAGGUCAGCAUCUCCUGUUUCCCACUGUGGCUCUCUGGGUAACGGUAGGAUUGGCCAUCUGUCUCGUUGUACUUUUGGUUGCCCUGGCAUAUGUGUGCCAGAAGAAGAUUCGUCAGAGUUGCAAAGAAGAGAGAGAGAAAGCUGGGAUAGAGGAACAAGAUGGAGAAGGAUCCAAGACAGCUUUGCAGCCUCUGAAGAACAUGGAAAACAAAGAAGACAUCGGAGAAGAAAUUGACUGAACGGAAUUGGAAGGAGAUCCAGGAGCGCCAUCCCGAGGUGCACGUUGGCAGGCUGUGAUCCUCCUCCAGUGAUGGACUAUAGAAAAUGUGGGUGGGCCGUGCACAGAGAUCAUUCGUCUGCGCCUGCAGCUUGCUGAUUUUGGCCACAGCCAUUUACCUUCUCCAACCUUCGCCAUAAAGAUAAAACCCUGAACAGGCCUGGCUCUCUUCCCUGUGGGCCUCUCUUACUACCAUUAGAAGCAGGGUGGAUCACAGCUUGCUCCUUACGGAUGGUGUCUCUCUCCCUCUGCCCUCCCAGAGCUGGGAUGCUCAGAGUCCCUAUUCUGUAGAUUUUUUGUACUGUGCCAAGAGUUCAUCCACUGAUGAUCAUGUCAGCUGAUGUAAAGGGAAAGUGAACUGUACCCUGCUCAAAUGAGAGUAAUUUGGGCAUAAUACCCGUACCAGAAAGGGAAGAUAGAACUCAUGGACUAGCUUGGCACUCUCCACAGUAACAGAAGAAAGCAUGGUCCUUGGAGGUGAUUUGAGGAUCAGUUUUCUGCCACCAGUUGGUUUUGUGUGUGGGGGUACCACCUGUCCAGUUUUAAGCUGGCAUGAUUGGGAUUACACACACUCUCUCAUAUCUGUGCUGGAAGCUUAGGAAGGAUCAUUUGCCACACAGCUACCUUUCUAACGGCAGGUGCGGAACCUUUGUUAGCCUGAGAGCCACAUUUUGUUCUGGGCAACUUCUGGGAGCCACAUGCCAGUGGUGGGUGGAGGUAGAGGCAAAAGUGGUCAGAGCAAUGAAUGCAAAUGUUAACUUUGUACAGUAGGCUAGUAUCUAAAAACACUCGCACUCCCCCCUCCCUGUGCUCCAUCCAGGCAAGCAAGAGGCUUCAUCAGAGGUCAACACAUUUCAGCCAGACAAAAAGAGACAAGCUGGGCCUUUAGGGGGUGUGCCCUGCAGAGAUGCUUGGAGGGCGGCAUUCAGCCCCUGGGGCUGGGAUUCCCCACACCUGCCAAGAAGCAGGAAGUGCCCAUAGCUCACUGGUCUACUGUACUGUGCUUUCCCUGUGGAACGUUACGGGCUCCAGCUAUAAAAUUGUUGUCAGGAAACACUGAUAGGAAACAUCUGUGCCGUUGACCCUGGAGAGCAUCUUCCAGUCAGAGUUGGCAGCACUGGGCUAGAUGGACCAAUAAUCUGACUUGGUAUAAGUGCCUCAUAUGUUCAUCAAUGUGAACAAGUUAGGUAUGCACAUGAACAUAUUCUCUUUUAAAUUCCCUUUAGGAAAAGUGGUAACCCCCCCCCCCCACACACACACAGAGAUGCGUGGGGUGUGUUGGUUUUUGUGUUUUCUAGAAAUAAGGGGCUGAAAUUCUGCACUAAACAUCAGAAGAGCCAAAGGCCCCUCUAGUCCAGCAUCCUUUUCUCAUGAUGGCCAACCAGAUGCCUGUAGGAAGCCUGCAAGCAGAACCGCUGCAUAACAGGUCUUCAGAACUGCAGCGACUGGUAUUCAGUGGCAUGCACCUCCAACAGUGGAGGGAGAACAUGGCCAUAAUGGCUAGUAGCCAUUAGUAGCCUUCUCCAUGAAUCUAAUCCCCUUUUAAAGUGACCCAAGUUAAUGGCCAUCAUUGCAUUUUGUGGGAAUGAAUUCCAUAGUGCGCUGUGUGAAGUCCUUUUUGCUUGUCCUGAAUCUUCCAACAUUAGCUUCAUUGGAUGGCCCCGAGUUCUAUUAUGUUCAUGAACCUCAUGUUUGAGUAUCAAGUCUCUUCUCCCUUGUACCCUUUGUUCUGCAGUUGAAAAACAAUCAGGCAAAAUUUGUGGCCUUAGCUGAAACAGGAAUGUGGGGACUGUGUCUACUUGGAUGUCAGUCCCUCUUAGCUGAGCGGGGCUUACUCUUGACUAAGUGUGGAUAGGAUUUCAGCUCAGAUGUGACCUCUUCACAUGGUCAGAGGUCUUUUCCCCUUCACAUCUUCCAGGACUGAGCCCCAGCUCAAACGUGAAGCCUUGAUUCUGUGCAACAGGAAUGUUUCAGAAUUGAGCGUGUUUCCUUUAAUGGUUCCUAUGGCUGGAAAAGGCAAGAUAAUUUGUGGUGCCUGAAGGUGCAUUACUAUGAUUUUGGGGGCUGCAGCAACCUCCAGCAGAUGUUUGACAUGUCUGGGAGCAAAUCCAGAACUGUUAGAGGUGAGGAUUAAGAAUGUUGCAAUGGAAGGGUAUCUUAACAUUAUAUUCAGACAGGAGGAACUAUGUGCAAGAGCACCUGCUUUAUGUGCAGAAAGCCACAGGUUCAAUCCUCAUAUCACCAACUAAAAAGACCUCAAGUGACAGGAAAAAUAGAUUCAAAUGAGGAAUGUUCCUAGCAGUUGGGAAGUUUUUUUGAGAGAGAAAGAGAAAAAGCACCAUAUUUUUGAGUUACUGUUAGACGUAUCUGGUAUAGGCUUUGACAGUGAAAGAUUCUGGAGCCAUAUUUAACGUUUUUCCUUUUGGUUUUAUCAUCACAACACAACUGUGUGGUAUGUAUAGGUUCCAGGAUAGCUUUCUUCUGUCUUAAUGUACUUCCUGAACUCAUCCCUCCCAGUUAACCACCUGGUUCAGUGGAGUUAAAUCUGGCUGGGUUUGGCUCUUGGAUUUUCACAAGAGAAAAAGGAGAAUCCACAAUUCUGCCUCUUUUUUUAAAAAUAAAUACUGGACUGAAUAUGUACAGCUGGUCAUAGUACUAGCCAGGGGGAAUCUGCUGGUCAGAAAGUCCCCCUCCCUUUGUAAUUUGAACCAAAGAGUAGACCAGAGCUUGGAAAAGUUACUUUUUUGAACUGCAACUCCCAUCAACUCCAGCCAGCAUGGCCACUGAAUUGGGCUGAUAGAAGUUGUAGUUCAAAAAAGUAACUUUUCCAAGCCUGGGGUAGACUUAGGUUGCUCUCCAGUACACACUUAACUGGGAGUAAGUCCCAUUGAACCCAGUGGAACUUACUUCUGAGUAGAUAUGUAUUGGAUUGCAGCCUUAGUUUUCUUGAAUUUCUGUAUGCAGCUAGAUGGUAGCCGACAUCUUUAGAAUUCAGUCACAUCAUAAUGUUUGCAAAUUUGCAGGGAUCUGGUUUGAUGGGGAGUGGAGGUAAAACACUCCCUUUUCAUCUCCCAACUCCAUACGGCAAGGGUAGCCAACAUGGUGCUUUCCAGGUGUUUGAGGCUACAAUUCCCGUCAGCCCCAGCCAGCAAGGUCAAGGAUGAUGGGAGUUUUAGUCCAGCAACACCUGGAGGGUGCUAUGUUAGUUAGCCUUGCCCAAAGAAAUGGGGUAGGAGAAUUGGGAGUCAAUGAAUGCUUCAGAGCAGAGUAGGCAGAUGGAUUGGGAAUGGGCUGAAGGGUAGGGGUGGGAGCAUUCAACCUCUGUUGAACCAUGGACUGCUAGAUGCCUCAUCCCAAACAUCUUGCUUUCAAAUCUAAUGUUUUCAGAUUCCCAACCAGGCUUAGAAACUUGCUAUUAGUUUUUUUUAAAAAAAUAAAAAUAAAAUCUUAACGUUUUAAAAAUGUUAGACUUGGUGCCUUUGGAGAGAUCUAAUAAACUGUUCUUUUGGAGAAA